AUGACCCUGAUGACCGCACCCCUGCCGCCUCCCAAGCAGAUACGCUUUGUAAACAACCAAGGCCAACCUCCUUCCAAGAGGCGGAGGAUCAACGCAGCAUGCUUGACAUGCCGCAAGAGGAAAACCCGAUGUGCCGGUGAGAAACCGGUCUGUUCGACCUGCACCAAGAACGGGCACCAGUGUCAAGGUUACAACGAUCUGGUCGAGCGAAGGAAGGAGGACAACCGGGGCAACGGCCUGACAAAAGGUGAUCACGACCAAGUUGCCGGGGUGAAAAGGGAGGCGGAUGAUGAUGAUGAUGAUGAUGAACAUUCCGAUGACAACGAGGAGGAGGAAGCGGAAGAACCUCACCGACAAUGGAAGAGCAAGACGGCCCCAGCGAGCAAAACGGCCGGCUUUGCCGUUGUGGAUAGAGAUGCUUCCAUGAGGCGUGAUUCCAUCCCAAACCACAGUUAUUCAGGCACCCGGCCGCGGGGACUUAGCAAUGACUGGGGUCAGGAUUCAAGGUCACCCAGCUCUACGAGAACGGCGAGACAGUCCAACUCCAACGGCAUUCGGUCACCGACACAGCACCACAGCCAUUCCGUACGGAGAAGAGAUCGUAUACCGUAUUUUCGCUAUUUCGGUCCCACGGCGAUUGUCCCCGGGUUCAAGCAAAACCUGCCCAAAGAACCCUCGUUUAGGGACCCACGGUUCAUGAGAACCGGCUCGUCAGUCGCAACAACACCAACGCCGUCACAUCACAUACAGCCUAGAAUGAUCCAGGAAACCCUUAAGGACAUUCCCACCCUGGAGGACAUGCCAGUAUACUCCACCGACGACUCCAAGCCGGUGCCCGAAAUCAUCAAGGUCUUGGUCAAGACCUUCUUUAUUCGUCUGGGUUGCAACUACCCCUUCUUAAAGGAGGAACGUUUCAUGCGCCAACUCGAGGAGAAGCAGGUGGAGCCCAUCUUGGUCGAUGCCAUGUGUGCGUUGGCUGCCCGAUUCUCUGAGCUUCCUACCUUCACCAAUGAGCAGGACGGCAGCAGAGUUCCCAAGUCCGAGUAUGGUGACGUCUUUGCUCAACGAGUCAAGAACGCCACCGUUGAAACGUUUUCCUGUCCGUCAGUCGCGGCUGUUCAGGCCUUUCUGCUCAUGGCAUACGAGGCUUUUGGCGCAAACCAGGACAGUGCCCUUUGGAUGUAUUUGGGCCUUGCCAUCCGCAUGGCUACUGACCUAGGUCUUCAGAAGAAGGAGGGUGUCAAAUAUCAAGGGUCUCGUGAUCCAUGGUUCACCAGGAGGUGGCUAAGUAAGUAUAAUGACGACGGAAACUCGCCCACGGACAAGCAAGAAGAGGAGGAAACAAUCAGCCCCGAAGAGCAAAAGGAAGUGGAGCAGGCACGUAUCGAUACGUUCUGGGCAGUCUUUAUGCUGGACAGAAUCAUCUCAUCCGGCACAGGUAGGCCAGUCACUUUGCGAGAUGAUGACAUGGAUUUGGAAAUUCCCGAACCCACUCUUGAUCAAGAGGGUUGGCCAGAUCCCUUCCCGGCGUGCAUCAAGAUCAUCCAUCUUUACGGUCGCGCGUCCGAUGUCCUCAACAACAUCCGGGAUGCGAAUGAUCUCACGGAGGAAAGCAUGAAGAAGCUGCGGCAAAUGGAAAGCGACUUGACGAUAAUCUACUCGAAACAACACGAGCGGCUGGUAUUCAAUACCCACAACUUCAAGCACUACGUCGAGGCUGGCCAGGGAACCAUUUUCAUACUACUUCAUUUCUGGUUCCAUGCCAUGAUCAUUAUCCUCCAUGAACCAGCACUACUCACGCCGUUCGGUAAGCUCACCAACAUUCAGCUGUUGUCCAACAGUCGUGAGCUGGCCAGAUCGAGCGCAAAGACCAUUGCGGAUAUCGUUGCCUUUGCCGAACUCAUUGAUCAUCAGAGCUACAUUGGCAAUCCUUUCACGUCCCAGCCCAUCUUCAUCGCCGGAUGCGCCUUCCUCAAAGAGUCUGCAUUGAGUGCUUCAAGCCCACCAUCACGGGAGCAAUCCCCAGGAGCGAACAACAACAAGAGUACCGGCUCGAAAACACAUGGCGGACGUUUGAGCAUACCGACCGACAAUAGACCGCGACACUCCUUACUCACUUCGGCCGCGGCUGCGAACUACUCGCGCUGCUCUCAGGCACUUGCACGCGUUGAGCAGUACUGGGCAGGAGUUGGGUACAUCCUCAACGCCAUGGAACAGAGAUCACAGGGCAUUGAGGACUGUGAGACAUUUGCACCGGGCGAGCUCGAGCGUAUGCUUGCUCGAACCCGCCAGGCCUCAGUGCAGCGGUUGAUGGGGUUCGAGAAUCCGAUCCCACCUUCGCCAGGUGUGCCGCCUAUUGCCUUUUCGCUUACUGGCACAACGAACUCACCCAACUCGAACCUCACGAGACUGUAUACAAACACGUCCGGUACGACAAGCUCGCCCAGCUCGAAUCUCACGAGAAUCUAUACAAACACGGCCAACCCCACCAUGUCCAACAAUUUCAUGUUAGUUCCUUCUAUGUCAUCAGUCGCUUCGCCUCUUCCACCUACAUCACAGCCUACCACAGCCGCAACGCCACCAGGAAACAUGAUCUAUGAUCCGAUCCGGCAGGACACACCAACGGUGGUGUUCCAUCCGCCACCGCAUCCGCAACCCAAUGUUCCGGCAGCAAGGUAUCAGGGCCGUUCAUCUUCGUUCAGCCAUCUUCGCGAUAGACGUUCCACUUCCACUUUAAGCAGGGGAACAUCCCUCAAGUACGAAACACCCGGCUCGGAUGACAUGACGGUGGGAUCAGACAGUCCCACCAUAAGCGAAUCAAACUUUAACGCCUAUGGGAAGAGCCUCAGCCCAGCCUUGCCACCGCUCGCACCCCCGCCUCAUCGCCACUCGUACCUGAACAGUCCAUCAACGCAACAUGCAAGCACUCCAUUUGAUAACACUCUAUUAUCUCCCCCAUCGGGACCCUUGACAGAUCCAGGAGGGCUGCACCAUCAGAAUCAGAAUCAACAACAGCAACAUCACGGACACAGCGGUCACAACAGUUCCCCUUCCUACCAAACCCAGGGCCAGACUCAUUACCCACAGCAGCAGCAGCAGCAGCAACAGCACCACAACAACACCAACAACAAUAACAACUCGUAUGAUAACAGCAACCACAACAGUACUACCAACAACAAUGACUAUUAUCACCAAGCAACCUCACGCCCCAGUCCUAACCCCGGACUCGGUGUAGUCGAUCCCUUCAACCAGAACACCUUCUCGACAGGUCUUUACUCUGCUUUUACGCCCGACUUUAUGUUUGAGUGCAACGAGAUCAACCUCCACAACUUGCCGGAUGCGUUGGGCCUGGACGCCAUCGGGGACAGUCAUAUGAUGGAGUCGUUAUCUAAUUUUGACGCGUAUGCUUGGUAUGGGUUAUUUGAUGAGACGUUUAUUACCGGCGGUAGUGGUGGUGAUGGUGGGAAUGGGAAUGGGUCAAGCAGUCACAGCAGAGGAAACGAUGACGAUGGCGGAGGAAGGCGGGGAGGUGAUCAGGGUGGAGGAGGACGGAACGGACAAGGAGGAGGUGAUGGACGAGGUCAUCAAAGACAGGGACACUGACAGAUGUCGAUGAUGACGAUGAUGGACAGAGGGUGGUGGUAAACAUGAUGGAUGGUGGGAGGCAGUUGUGAGUAAUUUGUCAAUCAGGGAGGCAGGUUGGCAGGAUGGCAAGGCUGAUUGGGAAAUGCGCCAGUAACACAAUGAACUGGAUUGGGUGGCUCGGUGGUUGAUGAUUAAUGAUAAACACGCACACAGAAUUAAUACUAGUUUUGGAUAGCGCUGGAAAAUAUCAGGAGGCAAAGUAGGAUAAGUUGGGUGUUGGGUGCAGUGGGCG